CUCGGUGAACACAAGCAAUAUGGCUGACAUGGCAGCGCUGAACAACGAUCAGAUAAAGCGUUUAAUUGCUGUAUGCCUUGCAUUGCGAGCAAAGCGCAUUAACAAGAAAAAAAAGGCUUGAUCGUGAAAUAGACGCAGAAGCAAGACGCGGUGAGGAAAUUGAGCAACGCAUCCAAGCAAACGCGUUCGCUAUUGCGGCAGUGAUGGCGAGUGCUGCCACUGUUUACCGAGAACGUUGGACCUUCGAAAGAAAUGAGCACUGGUUUGAACAGACGCUACCAAAUCUUGGAGCAAAUCACUUCAAACAAGCCUUCCGUGUGUCGCCGUCGACCUUCAGGUACUUGGUGGAAUCGUGCCGACCCGUAUUGGAGCGCCAAACCACGCGCCUGAGGAAGCCCAUCUCUGUGGAGAAGCGAGUGGCGGUGGGACUCUACAGAUUGUGUUCGAGUGCAGAGGACAGAACAAUUGCACAUCUCUUCGGCAUCGGCCGGUCCACUGUGAACGUACUUUACAGAGAGGUCUGCAGGGCCGUGAUUGACCGCCUCGAGAAGGAGUGGCUGCAGAUGAUACGGCGGGACCAAAUGAAAGACCACAUGAGGGAGUUUUUUGCCUUCAGCGGCUUUCCUCAAGGCAUUGGCGCGCUUGACGGGUGCCACUUUUGUGUGUCGCCACCAAAAGAGCAUGCAGUGGACUAUCACAAUUAUAAAGGAUGGUACAGCAUCAUACUGCUGGCGAUGGUCGACCAUAUGUACCGUUUCCGGUACAUUAACAUUGGAGCUCCAGGCAGGUGCCACGACGCCAACGUGUACGCGAGAUCUAGGCUGUCCACAUUGGUUGAAGACGGACACUUUGGAUUGCCUGUUGCGGUAAUUGAGGGUGUAGAAGUACAGCCAAUCAUCCUUUGCGACCAAGCAUUUCCGCUUUCAACAAACCUGUUGAAGCCAUUCCCGAAUGCCUUGCCAAGCACUCGGGAAGCUUCCUUCAAUUAUAACUUGUCAAGGACAAGACGCAUCGUCGAAAAUGCAUUUGGGAGGCUAAAAGCACGCUUUAGGUUUGUCAUGAAAAGGAUGGAAUGCACCCUGACAAUUGCAAAGCUCGCUAUAAGGGCAUCAUGCAUUUUGCACAACGUAUGUGAAGGCCUUAGGGACACUGCGGAACAACAGUGGGAACAAGAAGCGUCCGCCUUUGAUGCUCUGUAUGAGCAACCAUCCCACACUACCACUGCAUCCAGUGGUGCAGGUGAUGUAGUUAGAGCUGCUCUUGCGCAGUACUUCUGGAACAUGGAUCAGAAUGCAGGACUCUCAAGACAUUGAAGAAUACGAAGGACAUAUAGCAGUUCUUUUUUUAGCAUGCCUUCAGGAGUACGUGCUUUUCUGAAAGAAGACGUUACGGUUUAUGAAAAUAAAAUCACUUGCAAGUAAAUACAGAAAGAUAAUAAACAUUCUUUAU